AUGGACCCUCGUAACUGCUGGUGCUACGUAGAAGGCUUACAGUCUGCCGCGAGCGACAACUCAAUCGCCUGUGCAUACGAACGGCUGGUCCGGGAAGUGCCCAUAGGCAUAGCAAGGAAGUUGAGAAUGGAAACAGAGCACUGUGAGUCUGCCGGACGUGCCAUGUCAAAGCAACGAUUGAACGUCGAGCGAUCGCUGUGGGUGCCUGAACCUGGUGGCCUCUCGGUCAACGUCUGUGGCAAUAGGGCUACACCGGCGGCAUCUACUUUUCCCAUGAACUUGAACCCUGUGCCGUCUCGUGGCUUGCACGCGGAAACACUAUCAAGACUACAGCCACCUCAACCGACGGCAGUACCUGCCCCUAUCCUUAUGCAGCUGUCCAGUGUGAAGAGUCAGCUUCCAACGAGCUGA